UAUUCCGCAAAAUGCGACACACAUACCUGCCACUGAAACAGCGACAGCCCAAAAGAGCCGCGGGCGCUACAAUGCUAAUGUUGUCGGGGGCUUUGACUUCUCCCAGCCACUGCAAAGAAGCUGCUCCGUGUGACAGCAACGGCGCCGCUCUCACCCCGGUGUUCGCUAUCCCGCUUUUCACGCCUCUUCAUAUUUGGCAGGUGUGCUGGAAAAAGUCGAGCUCGUCCUAUCUCUUAACCCUAACGCCUGCGUUAUGGACGAAACGGAUAUCAUGGACUUAACGCAUCAGAAAGCGAGAAAGCGACCGCGUCCAAUCAGUUCCGUGGAUGAGUCUGUGCACGCUUCCCUCAAACGGCUCCCGAUCCGAGCAGCGGAGUGCAGGGAGAGCUCGCUGAUGUUCGCUGUCAGAGGAGAGCCUGUUCCCGCAGCAUCUCUAAAGCAAAAUGACCAUUCGGUGACUUCCUCUCCAACCACAGUGAUGCCGGCGCAGGAUAGUCGCUCCACCAUGUCCAGGCCCAUGAUCACACGGUCACCAGUGUCUCCCUUGAGUAACCAGGGCAUCCCAACACCUGCACAGCUCACCAAGUCCAAUGCUCCUGUGCACAUUGAUGUAGGCGGACACAUGUACACCAGCAGUCUGGCCACCUUAACAAAAUUUCCAGAAUCUCGAAUUGGUCGUCUCUUUGAUGGCACAGAGCCUAUAGUCCUGGACAGCCUGAAGCAGCACUACUUCAUUGACAGGGAUGGACACAUGUUCCGCUACAUCCUCAACUUCCUCAGGACGUCCAAGCUCCUCAUCCCCGACGACUUCAAAGACUACAGUUUGCUGUAUGAGGAAGCACGGUAUUUCCAGCUGCAGCCCAUGCUUGCUGAGCUGGAACGCUGGCGCCAGGACCAGGAGCUAGGUCGGGUGUCCCGUCCCUGUGAGUGCUUGGUAGUGCGUGUUGCACCUGACCUGGGCGAGAGGAUCACACUCAGUGGCGACAAGGCCCUGAUUGAAGAUGUGUUUCCAGAGAUCGGAGAUGUUAUGUGCAACUCUGUCAAUGCCGGCUGGAACCAUGACUCCACACACGUUAUCCGCUUCCCACUGAAUGGGUACUGUCACCUCAACUCUGUCCAGGUUCUAGAGCGUCUCCAGCAACGUGGCUUCGAGAUUGCUGGCUCCUGCGGCGGAGGAGUGGACUCAUCCCAGUUCAGCGAGUACGUCCUGAGGAGGGAACUGAGGAGGACAAGUCAGCGAGGGCCCAAUUCAAACAGGAUAAAGCAGGAACAGCUAGACUAGAAGCCUCCCAAGCAGCAGGAGGUGCUAGACUUUUCUGUGGCAGCCAAACGCUUGACGCUGCAGAGCUCUGUGGACUCUUUUUUUCUUUGUUCCCCUUGUUGAUGUUUUUGUUUUCUUAAACUUGAGAAUCAUCUAAAGAAUAAAAAUGAAGUGCAACAGGAGAUUUUUUUUUUUUUUUUGCCAUAAGAAGAUACAAGAUAUUUGAUAAGUUUGAGAUUGUCCCAUAAACCAGUUUAAAAAGGAUCUAUAUAUGCUGGAACCCCAAACAAAGUUUGUUUUAAAACUUGGAGCCUACAUUAGGUUUAAUAUGAUUCCUAAUUUUCCAAUGUAAAUUAAAAAAAAAAAAAA